AUGGGCCAUAUGUCGGUGACAGUGUCGGCGACGAGCGAGCUGUUCGGCGCCAAGAACUUCGACGUCAACCACAACGUGCUGGUGUCCAACAUCCCCGUGGGGUCGCUCUGCUUCGGCUACUUCUCGGCGUUCCUGUACCAGCGGGAGGCCGGCGCGCGCGGGGCCGCCACCUGCUCCGGCGCCAGCUGCUACCAGGCCACCUUCGCCAUCUGGGGCGCCACCUGCGUCGUCGGCACGCUGCUCUGCGUCGUCCUCUACGUCCGCUCCCGCAGCUUCGCCGGCAGGCUGCCGGUCAGGUUACAGUGGCUGUCGCGCUUAGCUAACCUCGUAGGCGCUGGCCGGAAGGCUUGA